AUGAAAGAGUCUCCCAUGAAGAAAGAAGAGAGCGCACGCUCUGAGGCGGAGAAGGAGGAAAACUGCGAAAUUAGAAAUGUGUGGAAGCACAACCUAGAGGAAGAAAUCGACAUUUUAUCGGAGUUGAUACAGAAAUAUCCGUAUGUCGCCAUGGACACAGAGUUCCCUGGGGUUAUUGCUAAGCCCAUGGGCACAUUUAGCACGCAAGCAGUCUAUACGUACAACCAACUCCGGUGCAACAUAAGCCUGCUUAGCCUGAUUCAGCUCGGGAUUUCGCUCUCAAACGAAAGCGGAGAAAAGCCCAUGCCGAGCACGUGGCAGUUCAACUUCCACUUUGACAAGGAGGGGAGCAUGUCCGCGCAGGAGUCUAUGCUUGUGCUGGAGCAGGCAGGAAUCGACUUUGACCGCCUCAGCAGGGACGGGAUAAACAUAGACGCAUUUUCCGUGCUAAUUACAACGUCGGGGCUGCUGAUGAAUAAGUCUCUGAAGUGGAUUUCCUUCCACUCUUCGUACGACUUCGGGUAUAUCAUUAAGGCCAUCACGGGGCAGGACCUUCCCCCGUCCAUGGAGGAGUUCACGUACAUCCUCUCCAAGGUCUUCCCGCACUUCUACGACAUAAAGUACCUCAUAAACAUGCUCGGAAAGAAGGGCGGACUGCAGGACCUGGCGGAUGAGCUGGUUGUGCAGAGAGAGGGCGUCCAGCACCAGGCAGGGAGUGAUGCCCUUCUUACGCUGAAGGUCUUCCACACUUUGAAGACAGAUAUUAUCCCAGACGCCGAGAAGAAUGCGAAGUACAAAUGUAAAUUAUUCGGGAUUGAUGCUGCAUAG